AUGUUUUCCUACUUGAGUAAAAAGAUUACUACGCAGAAUAAUAAGAAAUUAAAAUCAGUAUCAUGGAGUAAGGAACAUGGCUACAUUGCCUGUGGAGGAGAGGAUGGUCUACUGAAAAUUCUUAAGCUUGAAGUGCAAAAUGAUAAUAAACUAAAAGGUUUGGCUGCUCAAACAAAUUUGGUAAUGAAUCAGAACCUGAAAGGACACACAGGUGAUGUUCAGGUGAUUACAUGGAAUGAAAAGUUUAGAAAAAUUACAUCGUCUGAUCGGAAUGGUCUCAUAAUAGUUUGGAUACUUUACAAAGGAGCAUGGUAUGAAGAAAUGAUAAAUAACAGAAACAAAUCAUCUGUUCAGGAUAUGAAAUGGGACCCUGAAGGUCAGAGGAUUUGCAUAGUUUACGAAGAUGGGGCGGCUAUAGUUGGAUCUGUCGAUGGAAACAGGAUAUGGGGGAGGGAGUUGAAGUGUGGUAGCCUUACUUCAGUUGAAUGGUCACCAGACGGAAAUAUUCUGCUGUUUGGGCUGCUGACAGGAGAAGUCUGUGUUUACGACAGCUGUGGGAACUUCCUUUCAAAAGUAUCGAUGCACUGUUUGAACAACAUACAUGGAGCCAUUCGUCUUGUGGGUUUAGAAUGGUAUAAAGGACAGGUGACACGCUUACUACCAUCAUUAGUUGUAUGCUAUGAUGUUGGACGCUGUCAAAUAAUGAAAAACCACGAUGAUCCAGAUCCAGUUUUGUUAGACACAGGGAUUCAAAUAACAUGUUCAUGUUGGAAUGAAGAUGGAUCUAUGCUUGCUGUAGCCGGGACACAAAAGUGUAAUCAGGCUAGUUCAUCACCGAAUUCCAAAUCAAAUGAUCGUGAUGUAAAUGUUGUACAAUUCUAUAGUCCAUUAGGAGAUCAUUUACGUACAUUAUGUCUGCCUGGUAAAUGUUUAACUGCAUGUUCAUGGGAAGGCAAUAGCUCGUUAAGAUUAGCUUUAGCUGUCGAUUCAUUUGUAUACUUUGCUAAUUUACGUCCAUAUUAUAAAUGGGCAUAUAGUUCAACAACAAAUACAAUAAUUUAUAGUUAUUCACGUCAACAUACAUUUGAUAUGUCAGUUGUCUUUUGGAAUUUGAAAACUAACAAGACUAAAGUGAUUUCUGUUCGUCAUCUAAUUCAUAUUUGUGCUGCAGAAGAAUAUGUUUGUUUAGUCUGUAAACUGCACGAUUCUAGUCAAGGGGUUCUGUUGACAUUGUGCACAGCACUUGGUGUUGCAUUGGAAUCAAAACGUGUCCAAUUCGAACCAAUGCAAACAAUGAUGAGUGGAAAUCAAGUGAUUUUAAUCAAUAAAAGUUUUCUUUACGCUUGGCAAUAUUUUACGCCAAAACAAAUCCUUGAAUUAGGUUCAACAUUUACAACAACAACAACAGCAAUGACAUCAAUUCUACGUCAACGUGAUGGAAUCGAAAGACUGUAUCAUAUUGAUAAAAUUUCAAUGAAAUCAUUGUCGACAUCUUUAGAAGAUGACAUGCCUUCAUCAGUACUUCAGACAGGAAUCGAUUGGAGUAUACUAAAGCAAACUGAGACAUCUGAUCCAAUAUGUACACUGACCAUCAGUCAAUCAACUCGACGGUUAUUUAUUGCACGAGAGUCCGGAGUGAUACAAUUGCACAGGCUACCAGAUUUAUAUCUUGAAAUGAAAUUUCAAACAGAUGAUAAUCGUCCUUAUCGAAUAUACGUGAAUUGUGAUGCAACCUGUUUGGCUGUUAUCGAUGAGUCAGGAAUACUAAGGCUACAUUUAAUACCUGAUUCAUAUAACAAUCUACCUUCAUCGGUGAAAUUUCAGGAUAUUGACAAUUUUAUGCGUAAAGAUGUUUGGGAUGUUAAAUUUGAAGAAGAUAAUCCUCAUAUGUUUGCUAUAAUGGAAAAAACUCGAAUGUAUAUAUUCGAUGGUCUACAAGCGGAACCAGCUAUACAAACAUCUACUUUUCUUUAUGAAUUUAAAGAUUUAGAAGUUCAAGGUAUUCUACUAGAUGAACUGGUCAGUGCUACAGAUCAACCGAAUGAAGAAUUUCUAUUAAAGACGCCUAUAAAGAAAGUUAGAGAUUUUAAACAAAUACUCGAAAAAGAUGGUUUUGAGAAAGCUGCAGAAUUUAUCACUAACAAUCCACAUGUUAAAUUAAGGCGUUUAUUAAUUGAAGCUUGUUUAGAGAAACAAGACUUGGAUAUGGCCGAAUUACAAUUUGUACAUUUACAAGAAUACUCUGGAAUACAAUUUAUUAAAAAACUGAGAAAUAUUCAAUCAAAAUUAAUUAGAAAAGCUGAAAUUAGUGCUUACUUCAAAAGAUAUGAUGAAGCUGAAACGCUGUUACUGAAAAAUGAUCGUCCUGAUUUAGCUGUGGAGUUAAGAAAACGUCUGGGUGAUUGGUUUCGUGUAGCACAGUUAACUAAAGAUACUGGUAUCCUGGUAAAGGAUAUUGAACAAGCUGAAAUAUGGAAUGCUAUGGGUGAUCAUUUCUUCAGUCAAAUGUUAUGGGAUAAAGCAGCCAGUUACUAUCGGCAAGGAGAUGAUCUUAUUAAAUUUGCUGAAUGUUUAUACCAAUUGGAAGAUUAUCAGGCGAUUGAAAAACUCAUAGAAGAAAUGCCAGAAGGUCACAGCGCUUUAUACGAUUUCGGUUUAAGAUUUGCCAGCCUCGGUAUGAUACAACAAGCUGUGUUCGCAUUAUUAAAGUGUAAUCGUCGUAAAGAAGCAAUCGAUAUCUGCCUACGACUUAAUCAUUGGCGAGUAGCUUAUGAAUUAGCUAAACGUUUAGAUACACAAGACAAUGAAAACCACCAGCAGCAGCAUCAACAACAACAACAGCACCUAUACUUGAAACAACAACAACAACAACAGAAAAAGAUCGAUAACUCUUUAAGUCAAACAAUCAACCAUUUUAUUGAACAAGGUCGAGUUAUCCAAGCUGUUGAAUUAUACAAACGUGCCGGACGAUUUUUAGAAGCUUCUGAAUUACUGUAUAAGGAAGCACAAAAAGCCAAAUUAUCUCCGAAUGUACCACCGUUGCAUAUGAAGAAAUUAUACGUACUUAUCGGUUUAUUAAUGGAACAGUAUUAUGAACAAAGUAAACAACAGGUUUCUGUUAAACCAAGAAAUCCUACAUGUGGUGAAGGUGUAUUAAUGGCUAGCUCUGCACUCGCUGGACUUCUGUUAGCUGAACAAGAACAUACCUCAUUGAACUAUGAAGAUGUAAACCACUUGGAUACACAAAACAACAAAAAACAGAAUGGAAGUAUCUUCAACAAAGAAUCAGACAUCCUAGAGAACAGUGAAAUAACUAAAGGCAAUAGAAACAAAUUAUCAGCUGAAAAAGGUGAUACUUCAGGGAAGACAAAUAUCCAGUUGAUAACUAAAUCCACUGAAAUCAACCGACUUAUUGAUCAACCAUGGAGAGGCGCUGAAGCCUAUCAUUAUGCUAUGCUGGCUGAGAAGCAACUUUAUACUGGAUCAAUUAAUCGAGCGUUUAGAACUGCACAAUUAUUAAAAGAUUAUGAAGAUAUACUAGAUCCGUGUAAAAUUUAUAGUUUGAUUGCUCUGUGUUCCAUCUAUGCAAAAUGCUUUGCUACAUGUUCUAAAGCAUUUAUAAAAUUAGAAAAUUUAACAGAUAUCUCACAAAUGGAACAGAAUGCAAUAAAAGAAUUAGCUGUGGAUAUAUUUUCCAAAUAUCCACCUACAAAUGAACAACAGAACACAAUGGAAUUCCCUGAAAUGGAUUCAAUGUUAGAGAGUGAAACGAAAAUUCCUAUUUGUAUAGUCACCGGUCAACCCGUUACAGAUUAUCAAUUCUGGAUGUGUCCAACAUGUAAACAUUGUGCUUAUGAACAUGAAAUAACCAGACUACAGAAUUGUCCUUUAUGCCAUUUCCCUGUACAAUAA